AUGAGUCGAGUGUGUAUUGUUGUUUUGGAGGAGGUUGAAGAUGAUUCUCCCACAUUUUUUUCCAAACUACCUCAGGAAAACACAUCUGUACGUCCUUCACCUUCUGGAAAUGUGUUGGUAAGAUAUCCACCGCUGGUUCAAGCUAUUUUUAAUGGGGACCCUGAUGAAGUUCGAGCAUUAAUAUUUAAGAAAGAAGAUGUUAACUUUCAGGAUAAUGAAAAGAGGACCCCUUUACAUGCUGCUGCCUAUCUGGGAGAUGCAGAAAUUAUUGAACUACUUAUUUUAUCUGGAGCUAGAGUUAAUGCCAAAGACAGCAAGUGGUUGACUCCCUUACACAGAGCUGUUGCAUCAUGUAGUGAGGAUGCUGUUCAGGUGUUGUUAAAGCAUUCCGCAGAUGUCAAUGCCCGUGACAAAAACUGGCAGACACCCCUACAUAUAGCAGCUGCAAAUAAAGCUGUUAAAUGUGCUGAAGCUUUGGUGCCUCUUCUAAGUAAUGUAAAUGUGUCAGAUCGAGCAGGUAGAACAGCAUUACAUCAUGCAGCCUUCAGUGGACAUGCUGAGAUGGUGAGUUUGUUAUUGUCUAGAGGUGCCAAUAUUAAUGCAUUUGACAAGAAAGACAGACGAGCUAUACAUUGGGGAGCAUAUAUGGGUCACAUUGAAGUUGUGAAAUUACUUGUGACCCAUGGAGCUGAAGUGACAUGCAAAGACAAGAAAUCAUAUACACCCCUACAUGCUGCAGCAUCUAGUGGAAUGAUCAGCGUAGUCAAAUAUCUUCUAGAUCUUGGCGUUGAUAUGAAUGAACCAAAUGCCUACGGAAAUACACCUCUUCAUGUAGCUUGCUACAAUGGACAAGAUGUUGUAGUAAAUGAACUUAUAGACUGUGGUGCUAAUGUAAAUCAGAUGAAUGAGAGAGGUUUUACACCUUUGCACUUUGCUGCUGCAUCAACACAUGGAGCAUUGUGUUUAGAACUUUUGGUCUGUAAUGGAGCAGAUGUAAAUAUGAAGAGUAAAGAUGGGAAAACACCAUUGCAUAUGACAGCAAUCCAUGGUAGAUUUUCAAGAUCACAAACCAUCAUCCAGAAUGGAGCUGAAAUAGACUGUGAAGAUAGGAAUGGAAAUACUCCUUUGCACAUCGCAGCUAGAUAUGGUCAUGAGCUACUAAUCAACACUCUAAUUACAAGUGGUGCUGACACUGCAAAGAGAGGUGUACAUGGGAUGUUUCCUCUCCAUUUGGCAGCAUUAAGUGGAUUUUCAGACUGUUGCAGAAAGCUCCUUUCAUCAGGCUUUGACAUAGACACCCCAGAUGAUUUUGGCAGGACCUGCCUUCAUGCAGCUGCAGCUGGAGGGAAUUUGGAGUGCCUAAACCUUCUGCUCAACACUGGUGCAGACUUCAACAAAAAGGACAAAUUUGGGAGAACUCCACUUCAUUAUGCUGCUGCCAAUUGUAAUUACCAGUGCCUGUUUGCCCUUGUGGGAUCUGGAGCUAGUGUGAAUGACCUUGAUGAGAGGGGUUGUACACCAUUGCACUAUGCAGCUGCAUCAGACACAGAUGGCAAGUGCCUGGAAUACUUACUAAGAAAUGAUGCAAAUCCAGGGAUCCGAGACAAACAAGGAUAUAAUGCAGUUCAUUAUUCUGCUGCUUAUGGUCAUCGCUUGUGUCUUGAACUGAUUGCAAGUGAAACUCCCCUAGAUGUUCUAAUGGAAACAUCAGGUACUGACCUGCUGAAUGAUUCCGACAACAGAGCACCAAUUAGUCCAUUGCACUUAGCUGCCUAUCAUGGUCACCAUCAAGCUCUGGAAGUACUGGUGCAGUCUUUGUUGGACCUUGAUGUGAGGAACAAUAAUGGAAGGACACCAUUGGAUCUUGCAGCUUUUAAGGGACAUGUGGAGUGUGUGGAUGUACUUAUUAAUCAGGGAGCAUCAAUCUUAGUGAAAGACUAUGUUGUAAAGAGAACUCCAAUACAUGCUGCAGCUACAAAUGGUCAUUCAGAAUGCUUGCGAUUGUUGAUAGGCAAUGCAGAACCACAGAAUGCAGUGGACAUUCAAGAUGGAAGUGGACAGACUCCUCUGAUGCUGUCUGUUCUCAAUGGGCACACAGACUGCGUUUAUUCAUUGCUUAACAAAGGAGCAAACGUAGAUGCCAAAGAUAAAUGGGGAAGAACUGCAUUACAUAGAGGGGCAGUUACUGGGCAUGAGGAGUGUGUGGAAGCAUUGCUUCAACAUGGUGCUAAGUCCUUGCUACGAGACUGCCGAGGGCGAACACCUAUACACUUAUCAGCUGCAUGUGGACAUACUGGUGUUCUAGGAGCUCUCUUGCAGUCAGCAACAUCUGUGGAUGCGGUACCGGCCAUAGCAGACAAUCAUGGAUAUACAUCACUGCACUGGGCCUGUUAUAAUGGUCAUGACAGCUGUGUAGAGCUUCUUUUGGAACAGGAAGUUUUCCAGAAAAUGGAAGGAAAUUCUUUCAGCCCAUUGCAUUGUGCUGUCAUAAAUGACAAUGAAGGUGCUGCUGAAAUGUUAAUCGAUACAUUGGGUGCUGGCAUUGUAAAUUCAACAGAUGCAAAAGGAAGAACCCCCCUUCAUGCAGCAGCUUUUACAGAUCAUGUGGAGUGUUUACAGCUUCUACUCAGUCAUAAUGCUCAAGUAAAUGCUGUAGAUUCUUCUGGAAAGACUCCUCUAAUGAUGGCUGCUGAAAAUGGACAAACUAACACCGUUGAGGUGCUGGUUAGCAGUGCUAAGGCUGAUCUGACCUUGCAAGAUAGCAGUAAAAACACAGCACUCCAUUUGGCUUGCAGCAAGGGUCAUGAAACUAGUGCCUUGUUAAUACUGGAGAAAAUUACGGAUAGAAACCUCAUCAAUGCCACCAAUGCAGCCUUGCAAACACCUCUGCAUGUUGCUGCUCGAAAUGGAUUAACAGUUGUAGUUCAAGAACUUUUAGGCAAGGGAGCAAGUGUACUUGCUGUAGAUGAAAAUGGUUACACACCAGCUUUGGCCUGUGCUCCCAAUAAGGAUGUGGCUGAUUGUCUAGCUCUCAUUUUGGCCACGAUGAUGCCUGUUUCAUCAAGCAGCACUUUACCUUCCCUUACAUUCAAUGCCAUUAAUCAUUACACCAACACCUCAAAAACUGUCACGUUUGACUCCUUGCCAAUCAUGAGGAGUGAACAUAGCUCUUAUUGUAGUUUCAACAACAUUGGCAGGGAAGAUGGCUACCCAUAUACAGAAGAGGAUGAGCUUAAUGACUCAGAUUCUGAGACCUAUUAAGAAGCUUCAUCUGGAGGUCUGAAGAGUGAGCCCAGUCAUCUGAAGGUCAGAAUUGUGCUUUUGGAAAAAAAGCAGUCCGUGUUUGAUUACAAGAGGACAGACCUACGAGAAGAUUUUGGGGUGCAUAUGAAAUUUUUAAUUGUGGGUGCAUAUGAAAGAUCUGUGUGAGACACUAGGAGGAUUUUAAAGAGCAGGUUUUGCAAAAGA